AUGUCGUUCCGCUACGGUUACGGCGGGGGCCUCGGUGGAGGCGCGGGCGGCCUCGGCGGCGCGUACGGCUCGGGCCGCGCGUACGGCGCCAGCGGCAUGUACGGCGCGGGCGGCCUGUACGGCGCGGGCGGCGCGUACGGAGGCGGGGGCGCGGACAUUCAGGGGCAAUGGCGCGGCUUUGCCGACCUGCCGGACUGCGGCACGGCGUGCUGCGCGACCACCACCUCCUGCAUGGGCUGCGGCCCCGGCGCCGGCGCGGCGUGCGCUGAGGGCUCGGGCUGCGGCGGCGGCGGCGGCACGAUCCUGAGCUACGUGGGCCCGGGGGGCGACUACGUCCAGGAGACCACGUACAAGUACGUGGGCAUGGGCGCGGGCGAGUUCGGGGCGGUCCGCAUCCCUGGGCGCGGCCCGAACUGCUGCCUGAUCUGCCUCGUGCCCCUGGGGCUGUCGCUCCUCCUGCUGCCCCUCCUGCUCUUCGCGAUGGAGAAGAAGAUCAACUGCGGCCAGGGCGACGUCGUGUCUUGGGAUGUGCCCAAGAAGGUGUACUGCUGCCUGCACGAGGGCAAGGGCUGCCCGACGACACCCGCUGCGCCCAGCACCAUGCCGGCGCUGGUCGUGCCCGUCGCGCCGGUCGCGCCGGUGGUGACAACGGCGAUGAGCACCACGUCCCCGUGCCCGAUCGACUGCAACGCCGGCUACAACGACCUCGACCCGCUGCAGUGGGUGCGCGGCUGGUCUGGCGAGAAGAAGAUCUACUGCUGCAAGACCGCCAACAAGGGCUGCCCCUCGGAGCUGCCCCCGCCCUCGGGCCUCCCGCAGGGCGACGCGCCCCCCGAGGAGGACAAGAGCGAGUACGACUGCGACGCGGGCUACCACCACUGCAUGCACUGCCUGGAGCUGUCGUGGUCCCCAGGGAAGAUCGCCUACUGCUGCAAGAACCAGCACAAGGGCUGCAAGGGCGAGGAGCCGGAGUGAGGAGCCCGCCCGCGCGGCUCCGCCGUUCGGGCUUGAUGCGGGUGGGCCGCCCGCAGCUCUCGCCUCUCGAGCGGCUGCCCCCGUUUCUGUUUCUGUCGUUGCCGAAGGGGGGCUGGUCGCAGCCAGAGCCCGCCGGGCGUGGAGGCAAAGCUACACGCGCCCGCGCGCGGCUCCCGUUGCCGCUCCCCUGCGGAGGAGACGUCAGGUUCCUCGAGCUCGAUGCAUGGGAGUCUUUAGCGCUAG